AACGGAUGUGUUUGGUUGUGUAGAUGUAACGGAUGUGUGUAGAUGUAACAGAUGUGUGUUGUGUCUCUGUAGGAGCGAGGAACAUCUACCACCAGCUGCUGAUGAACAGUCUGCUCAUGGACUUCAGAUACAAGAAGAUCUUUGCUAUCCAGUUCGCCAAGAACUACAGACGCCUCCAGACAGAUUUUAUGGAGGACGACCACGAGCGAGUGGUGUCAGUGACCUCACUGUCUGUUCAGCUCUUCACCGUCCCGACCAUGGCCCGGAUGCUGAUGGUGGAGGAAGACCUGAUGACGACCAUCAUCAGGACUUUUGUAGACCACCUCCGCCACCGAGACCUGCAGGGAUGCUUCCAGUUUGACCGCUACACCGCCCAACAGGCCUUCAAGUUCGGACGAGUCCAGAGCCUCAUCGGAGACCUCAAGUACGUCCUCAUCAGUCGACCUUCUGAGUGGAGCGAUCAGCUCAGACUGAAGUUUCAAGAAGGUCUGGAUGCUUUUCUGGAGCUGCUCAAGUGUAUGCAGGGUAUGGACCCGGUGGUGAGACAGGUGGGGCAGCACAUAGAGAUGGAGCCUGAGUGGGAGGCAGCGUUUACUCUGCAGAUGAAACUGACUCACAUCAUCUCCAUGAUCCAGGAGUGGUGCUCCACUGAUGAGCGCGUGCUGAUCGAGGCCUACAGGAAGUGUCUGAGCGCGCUCAGUCACUGUCACAGUGGCCUUCCAGACGGGGAGCAGCCAAUCAGCUUGAGUGUGGCGGGUCACUGUGUGGAGACGUUCAGGUACCAGGUGUCUCAGGACAAAGUGUCCAUACACCUCCCAGUCUGCAGACUGCUGGCAGGUCUUCAUGUUCUUCUCAGUAGAACAGAAGUUGCGUCUCGUUUCCCUGAACAACUUCCUCUGGGGGAACUCAGCCCACCCCUCCUGAUCGAACUCCCCCUCCGCUGUCUGGUGCUCUGUGCCCAGGUGCAUGCUGGGAUGUGGAGGAGGAACGGCUUCUCCCUGAUCAACCAGAUUUAUUAUUAUCACAACGUCAAGUGCAGAGUGGAGAUGUUUGACAAGGACAUCGUCAUGCUGCAGGCGGGGGCGUCCAUGAUGGAUCCAAACCACUUCCUGAUGAUCGUUCUGAGUCGAUUCGAACUCUUUCACAUUUUCAGCUCCGCAGACUGCAGGAAGAGAUACAGAGAGGCUAACAAGGAUGUGGUCCAGCAGAACAACACUCUGAUCGAGGAGAUGCUCCACCUCAUCAUCAUGGUCGUCGGUGAGCGGUACGUGUCAGGUGUCGGCCAGGUGGAGCUCUUUGAUGAGGUCAAAAGAGAAAUCAUCCACCAGCUGUCAAUCAGACCGAUGGCUCACAGCGAGCUGGUGAAGGCUCUGCCAGAGAAUGGGAACAAGGAGACGGGUCUAGAAAGAGUCAUCGACAGCGUCGCUUCAUUCAAGAAACCAGGUGUGACUGGUCGAGGUCUCUAUGAACUCCGUCCUGAGUGGAACAAACACUUCAACCUUUACUUUCAUCACUACAGCAGAGCCGACCAGUCCAAGGCUGAGGAGGCUCAGAGGAAGCUGAGGAGACAGAACGGAGAGGACACAGCCCCCCCCCCCCCCCCCCCUCCUCUCUGUCCUCUGUUUAGCAGCCUGGUGAACCUGCUUCAGUGUGACGUGCUGCUGGCUGUAGAGGGCGCUGUGCUGCAGUGGGCUGUGGAGCCCAGUGGGGGGGGCUGGACCGAGUCCAUGCUGCAGAGGGUGAGACACAUAGGGGGGUGUACUGUCCAUAUUAAUAUGUAAACACUGUAGAGGGUGAGACACAUA